AUUCAAAAUAUCUUAAACUGAAACAUUAAUUUUAAAUAGUUUUGUUAGAUAUUAAAGUAAACGAUUUAGUAAAUCAGGUACAAUUUUAGAAGUGGAGUGAAGUGAAUUGAAUUGAAGUAAAAAAUAGAAACUCAGUCGGGAAUUGACCAUCGGCCGUCCUUUUCCAGACUUGCCUGUCAUGCCUCUUAUAGUGCUCGUAAUUGAACUGUUUAAAGUGUUUGAACAUUUUCAGUUCUUUGGUGGUUAUCCAGCUAAACUAAAGAAGGUGCUAAUCGUGACUGCACCACUUUGGUUUAAAGCUCCUUUCAAGAUCCUGCGGCUCUUUGUGCGGGAGAAACUGCGAGACAGAGUGUUCACUGUUAGUAUACCUCAGUUGACGCUGCAUAUCCCGCGCGGAUCUCUACCAUCACGUCUGGGUGGUGAGCUGGCCGUGGAUCAUGCAUCGUGGCUGUUGCACUGCCUCAAAUCCGUGACGAACCGCCAUGGCGACCUUUGUGACGUGGCAUCUCCUCUUGGCUCAGGAGCGGCGAUGGAUUCCGCCAUUUUUGCUACCAGUGCUGCUACAACUACAAUUCCCAAUGGGUCUGCCAGAAACCUAGAACAUAGUGAGCACAUGUGCAGCCAUGGUACCAGUGAAGGUGCAGACCAGAGGUCUUUCCAUUCUCCAGUAUCAGGACCAGAAGAGGAAGAAGAGGAACUAGAUAUAACAUCUUCCCGUGACCUAGACAAUGGUGAUAUCUGGCAACACAGCUCAGGCAGUGGAGGUGCAUCUUCACCAGCUCCUCCUGCUUCAUCAGCUAGCAGUGGUUUCUCAGAUGAUGACAGUCUUCAUUGCGAUCUAGGUCAUGGAAUGUCACUGGGACAAUUUGUGGAGAGUGUCCGGAGUAGAGGUCGAGCCGGCCUAGAGCAAGAGUAUGCCGAGAUCAGGGCCCGCCCGCCCGAUGGCUCAUUUAAUCAUGCGCGGCUACAGGCCAACCAGCCAAAGAACCGGUACACGGAUGUCCUUUGCUAUGACCACAGCAGGGUUCUGCUGUCACAAACAGAUGGAGAUCCCUGCAGUGAUUAUAUAAAUGCAAAUUUUGUUGAUGGUUAUAAACAGAAGAAUGCCUUUAUUUCCACCCAGGGUCCACUGCCCAAAACAUCGUGUGAUUUCUGGCGCAUGAUAUGGGAACAGCAAGUGUUGGUUGUCGUAAUGACUACAAGAAUAAUGGAAAGGGGGCGAACAAAGUGUGGCCAAUAUUGGGAGGUAGAAGAGGGAGGAGCGGCCACUUAUGGGGGCUUCCGAGUUACAACGGCAUCAGUGGAGCAGCAUGCAGACUACACGGUCUCCUCACUUCACCUCGCAAAUCUUAAGACAGAUGAGUGGAGGGAGGUGAGCCACUAUCAGUUCAUAUCAUGGCCUGAUUAUGGUGUUCCUCAUAGAGCCCUUGCCAUGCUAGACUUCCUAGAUCGGGUACGGCAACAGCAGAGCAAGAUGGUAACUACUUUAGGUGACACGUGGGCUGGAAAUCCUAGGGGACCACCUAUUGUUGUUCAUUGUAGUGCAGGCAUUGGCAGAACUGGCACCUUCUGUACAUUAGACAUUUGCAUCAGCCGUCUAGAAGAUGUGGGUACAGUAGAUGUCCGAGGUACUGUCGAGCGAAUUCGUUCUCAACGAGCGUGCUCGAUCCAGAUGCCAGAUCAGUAUAUCUUCUGCCAUUUAGCACUUAUUGAAUAUGCACUUGCCAAACAACUCAUACCUCAUGUUGACCUCACUGGGUUUGAAAAUACGGCUGACGAUGAGUCUGAGUGAACCAGAGACUAUGUAAGACAAAGUCAUGAACUCUGAUGUGUCAUAUGCUAAAAUGACACACUGCACAAAUGGACAAAUGAGUGAUAACAUUUAUUGAAUCAGUAUAAAUAAGCUUCCUACAUUAUUAACAUUUUGCGCAACAUUAUUACCAAUAACGUAUUAAAAAACUGAUAUAAUGUUGCUUCCGAAAUUAGACUGGACAGGAAGAAAGAAGCAAAACUGGAGCAGGAUUUAUGAGUAUGGAGGUAUGUUUUGAGUUUGGUUGGAACAAAUGUGAAAAAUACCUUCUUUAAGUACAUAAUAUUAUGUGUCAAGUAAAUUUAAUAAACAACCAAGCCAGGAUGUUAACUGCUGGACUGGAGAUGCUCUACAUAAUUAUGUGUAACUGUACCUAAUGCAGGGUGUCGUUAUGUCUAUUCUAGAAUUCAAAUCUCCUGCAUUUGGCGAGAGCUACUAGUAGGUUACCAUCGUGUUGCCAGCACUUGUACACUGAAAAUAGUGGGAAUCCAACAUAAUGUUUCGAAACAAGAGAAUAAUGUUUGUACUGUAAUAUACAAGCUUGACGCAUCUCAUAAUUUCAGAUUAUAUUAAUUUUACAUUCAUAUCAUUGUUUAGACUGAUUUACUAACAACAAAAUAUCAGCCAUAAUUUUGUGAUCUGAUUUCCUUACAGCAUUCAUGGUACUUUGUGAGAAAGAGUUAUAAAUGAAACUUCAUAAAUUAAAAUAAAUUAGACAUAGGUCUCGGACAACUACUUUUCUGAAAGUGUGUUCUUCAAAUAUGAGAUUGUUUUAACCAAUAUUUUGAAUAUAUUUUUUCACAAGUUACAGUGGUUUUCUUGGGAAAAGAAUAAAUGUAAAAUAUGGCAAAACAGUUGAAAAAUAUAAACCUCUAGUUCUAGAAACAUGGGUUUGCUAUUGCAUACUUAGGAACUUACCAUCCAUUAGCCUGUCGUAGCACCCAAUCAGGCAACGCAACACAAAUCUGAACAUGUCUCAAAUGUCAGGAAAUUUGAAUCUUACUGUACUGGUGUCAUAUCAAUAUUAAAACAUGGAAAAUUAAGGCCACUUUAUUUCCUGCAGUCCUGAAUGGAUAUCUCUUAUAAUAACAUUAUCAGUCACCUUAUUUAUUCUUGGUGUGACAUUUAUGUACCAGUAUUUCAAGAUGAAAAUAUUAUUUGAUGAGUUUAUCGAUGUUGCUUCUGAGAGACGAAUGUACUGUAAUUUAUGAAGAACUGAGUGAGUCUGGAUAUCUUCUCUUCAGGUAGUGGUAACUUAGUUUGAAUGGUGUAAUGUUGAUGGAUGAACUGGUGCUCUUCAGUGGGUACGUGACACUGUGGGAACUGACACAUAGAAGGCAUUGUGUUACAUUUACGCCAAAAUAUGAACUGUUGUAGUCAGUGUUUUUAACCAUCAAUAUGGUUUAAGUGUACAUUAUUUCUGUACAUAAUAAUUCAUAUUUAAUAUAUAUAUAUAUCUACCAGGAAUGUGAUAUGUGCAUAUUCAAAGCUGCUAAAUAUUUGUGAAUUUUUUAGUCUUUUUUCUCAGUCUUUGUUACAAAUACUUCCAUAAAUGUGUAAUUUUACACAAAGAAAAAAGGGAACAUAUCAAUAAGUGCUAUUUAGAAGCAAAGUGACAUAGUCAUAAACCAUAUGGUUAACUUUUGAUUUUAAUAAAAAAAAUUAAAACUUGGAUUAAUAACUGCUAUAGUGGGGAUAAGUUAUGUGCUAGUCCAACAUGAGCUUGAAUUUAGCUCCUCUGUCAUAGAGAAAUGUCUGUAGUAUGAUUAUUCAGAAAAUGAGAUACAUUUUUCAGAUAAAUUGUGGAUGUGAUUAACUGUGGACCUGUGUAUGCAUACUGAAACUAGUAGAAGUCUCUGGCAAGCUGUUAUUUUGUUAAAAAUUUCUAAACAUACACAUUUAUCUCUUCCAUUCUAUUCAGCCACAAUAUAUUGACAUUAUUUUCUGAAAAAUGCUACCUUGUAAUACCAAAUUUGGAACUUAAGAUUAAAGUUUAAAAUAAUUUAUUAUGUUAAGAUAUGAGCACAAAACAUUGGCAUAGUUGCACAAAGUUAACUUCAAUAUACUGUUUGUAUAGUAGUUUGCUGAUUUGAGAAUGUUUGGUAAGUAAUGAAUCUCAGAACAGUGAAAAUGUGUUGUAAUUGUGAAGAGUAUUGUGCCACUGAAAAGAUUUUGAUGGGUAUGGAGCUGUGAUGGUCUUUUUACUACUUUUUUCUUACUAUUAUCGGUUCUCACAUAAGACAUGACUAGGAUGUUGGUUUUUAUAAUAUGAUCACUACAAUUUCUGGAAUUCUUGGACAUUUUUGUGGAAUUUGAUAAUUACAUUUACCAAGUAAGUUAAAUUUUAUGGUAUUUUCAACACAUAACUGACAAUAAUAUAACUAUGAUUUUGGAGAACAAGUUCCAAAAGCCAGACACCUGAUUAGAAUGUUAUUGUACAGUGAAAUGUCAUAUAAGAAAAUUUCUGUAUGAAUUUAUUUAUUAUAACCUUUCACCUGCUAGCAACAUUUGAAAGGACAAACCUCCCUAUGCUGCUACCCUUAAGUUUUCUAUUGCUGUUACUGUUGAAAAAGAUAUUAAAAUUCACCUUUAAAUAAAUUAA